AUGAAUGGCCCUACAGUUGUAUACAAUGAGCAACUCGAUCUCCCAUUUUGCGUACGGUGCAAACACGCAGUCGAAUUUGAUGGUGUAGUGAAGCAUAUGAAGAGAAACCAUUUAAUUUCGCAUGCAAGCAGCAUUCAGAUUGCUGGCGAGAUUGGAGACGCCCGAAGCCUGUCUCCCAUUGUUAAUGCAUCGGCUGCUGAGAUGAGACACAAAUACUUGGCAACGACUGUGGUUGAAUAUCGUUCCGGACCUGCCCUUCCGCCUCUGGAAGGGUUUCCCACGGCACUGUGUCACAAGUGCCCCGACUGCGGAUAUCUGGCACGGAAAGGCGCUUCCGUUCGUCGAAAUUGUGCUGCGAGUAAAGCGUGCAAGGGACAUUUAUCUUGUCAGCUCGAUGAGGUGAAGGGACAGGCCAUCUUUGGCGGAAACAAGUGCAGAUACUAUCAAGUCGUAGAAAACGGCGGUGACCUCUUUUCCGAUGUCCUCGCAGAAUCCAUGAGGAAACUGCAGGGAGCCACUCCGGCGAGUACUGCCAUCAACGAGGCCGGAAUUUCAGAGAUGAGCGCAUUACUUUCAGUUUUUCGCUUCGACACUCACUUAAAGCGUUGUGGGCUUAAACUUUCUGAAGCCAGCUCCCUGUGCAAGAGUACUGACAGCCGUAUACGCACACUUUCACGCGAGGUGGUCACAGCGUACCACAAGCAGGCCUUCGACAUAACCGAACAGAAGGUUUGGAUCAAGUCACACACGUUUAUGGAGUCGGACCUCAACAUUGCUGUUACUCGGAAAACUGUGGAGCACUAUGACAACAGAAUGGUCCAAGUACUGGAAUUCGUCUUCAACUUGAUGUCUUCCAGCAGGCAGUUGUAUCAAUAUAUACCUCCCGAUGCCAUUCGGAGUGCAGAAUCUCUGCGAGCAGAUUCCAAUGCACCAGUGGCAUCCAAGUUGCGAAACUUCCAUGAUAUCCUACAGAACCUCCUUUUUCGUCACAACGAAAGCAACGAACUAAUCGCCUUGUUCAUCUCAUGCUACAGUGUCAUUCUCGAUCGCUCAAACGAGUACCAAUUUGCGACCGCCUGCGAAUUGACUCCCAUUCUCGCAGCCGUGAAGCACUUUGCUCGCUGCCUAGUCGUGAUGGAAAUAUAUCUCUACAGCUCUAGCGACACUACCGAGUCUUAGAUGAAGCAAUUGCAGAAAAUUUCAUUGGGACUGAUGCAAGAAAAACUGCUCAAUGGACUCAGGAUUACAGAUGCAUUCUGGUCGUCCGUUCAAAACCUGGACGACACAAUGACAGAUCAAACUCCUGGCUACUGGUUUGGAAUGCACAAGGCAAACCAACAUCAUCUUUUUCAUUGGUCUCAGGCCUUACAAGGCAAACUGAAGCCCUUACUCCUGGAAUCAGACACAUCCCUGAACGAAGACAAAGCCAGAGCAUAUCUACAAGAUUGCGAAAGUCUACAAGAACAUAUAUAUACGCUCUUGCAGGUAUGCUCAGGAGAACCGGCAAGGGCAUCCGAGUUGGGGAUUUUGCGGGUUUGCAAUACGGCAGUAGGACAGCGGAACAUCUUCACUCAAGCAGUACUCGUGUUUACUGUCAUUACGUAUCACAAGGGUCGCAAUGUGCACGAUGGUGUCGGCCGUCCCAUUGCGCGAUAUCCUGAUGCUGUUACUGCGGGUAUCUUGCUCAUCUACUUAACAGUUAUUGGCCCUGUCGAAUAUGCCCUCGUCGACCUCCUCGCGAAACCCAAUGAGGUCCCAGAAGGUUCAUCUGUCAGAAAAUUUGACCACGUUCAUGUGGACAGUGCUAUAUCACUAGGCGAGAGGCAUCGUGACCACCUGUUCGCCAGCCGUGGAGAGCCUUUCGGAAUUUCUCGAUUGCGCUAGAUGCUUCACACCCAGGCAGGACAUUCAGAGAAUACCGCUCACCAGAUAUACGGUGUAUCCGCCCUUGAUAUGAAGAAAUUGACGGCUAGCCAGCUUGAGCGAUUCCGUCAGGCCUCCAAAACGUGGCAUGAAGUACUUGGGCUGUUUGACGGGGAGCCGUGUUCUUACGAGAACGCCUACGAGCAGCUGCAAAUGACUGCUAGUGCACUGGAUACUAAUGCAUCAGCAGGGACCCAUCCGAUCGAUGUCACAAGUCACAUUUCGCGUCUUGAAAUGACUCUUCAAACUCGCGUUGAGGUCCUGCACAACGCCAUUCUCCAUAUCUCCGACUCUUUACUUGGGAAAAGGCGACUAAAUGAAUGGGUUGGUACCGAGGGAUACGCCGUUCUGCCCGAGAAGAGAAUCUGUCAACCUCCUUCGCUGCUGAAGCAAUUGCAGAUUUUUCUUAAUAAAAGUGACGCGCAUUUCAAGUCCCAGGAACAAGAAAAGGCAGUCGUGCAUUGUGUAGCACCAAAGAGCGACGCCUUGGUCGUCCUGCCAACUGGUGCCGGGAAGUUGUUGACUUUCAUGCUUCCCGCUUUCACUCACAAGACAAAGGUGAUGGUUGUAGUCGUUCCACUUGUGGCUCUGCAGCUUGACCUUAUCAAACGCUGCGAAGAUGCAGGUAUCCAAGCCUGUCAGUGGAAUGCGCGGGAUGUAGCCGGGGCACGUAUUGUUGUCGCCAGCGCCGAGCAUCUGUCUUCACCAGACUAUCAAUGUUUCCUUAGGGAACUAAAGGUCAUGAAUAAGCUGCAUGCAAUAUUCGUGGACGAGUGCCAUCUGGUUUUAUUAUGGCACAGUUUCAGAGAAGCCAUGAAGUACUUGCGCGGUUUCAUUCGUCCAGAACUCGUCAAUGUGCCAGUUAUCGCUCUAACGGCAACAGCCCCACCGUCCAUUGAACAACAAAUUACUUCCGCAUGUGGAUUGUCAGACUUCAUCACUGUGCGUCAGAAAACGUCGAGACGGAACAUCAGGUAUGAAUUUUACAACGUGAAGAGGCAAAAUCUCAAUCGUAAGGUGGACGAAAUGCUUGACUAUUUGCGUAACGUUUCCGGUACAUCUCCCUCCAGAGCCAUCACUUACGUGCAAACAAAAGAUGAAUGUGACUCGCUCUGUAUGAUGUUACAAACCCUGAACCCGGACAUGCCUUGCUUCAAAUAUCAUGCAGGUAUGGAAAAGGAUGACAGAAAUGCAAUGCAAUCCGGCUGGGAAGAUGAAUCUAAUGGACUUCCGCACGUCAUGGUUGCAACGAAAGCAUUUGGAUGCGGCAUUGACAUCUCCACUGUUCGGAUUGUCGUACAUGCUGGUCUUCCAAGCACGCUCACUGAGUACGUGCAAGAAAGCGGACGUGCCGGUCGUGACGGCCAACCUGCCAAAAGUACUGUGCUUAAUAUUAUCGAUCAGUUCAAUCAUUCAGUUGAACCGCAAUUGUCCGGUUUCGGUCCUAAGCAGCUGGUGAGUGUCGUCGGUGGCUGGUGGACCUGUUCAUGGACGGGUGUUCUGAUCACCGACCUUGUCAAGAACGUGGGAUGGAGGCUUGUGAUAUUUGUUCUUCCGAAGGAAGUGGAAUACGUUUACGUAGACGUGCUUCCGAAUUCCAAAACGAGGACACCUGCAGGAAAGAAGUUCAGAUUCGACCUACAAGGAAGCGCGUGA